UUGUCUCACUCCUCCAGCACUACCGGGAGUACUUGCAAUUGGCCCAGUCGGUCGCCAAUCACGUCGAUGAACAGCGGGCGUGGAUGCAGAUUGGACGGGCCCAUAUGCUCAAACCCCACAGCAAUCGAUCAGACGAGAGCCUGCAGGAGGCGUUGCGGGCGUACGAGAGGAGCCAGAAGGUGCUGAAGGAGAAGUUGGAAGGUUCCGGCGGGCACAGGGUGUCGGCGCUGGAGCUGAAGAAGAUGCGGGUAGCUUUGUACCUGAAUUUUGGCAUCGUGUACAACCUCCUGCAGAGGCGAGAGGACAGCCUUGAGGCCCUGCACUACUGCCUCUCCAUUGCCGAGAGCCAGAAUUUCUACAAGGAGCUGUACCAGGCAAGCUGCGUACUGGGGACCAUCCACCAAGACCAGGAACUGUACACACAGGCACUGAAACACUUCCGAGCAGCGAGACAGUGGGCCCAAAAGGCUGGCAUGCGGGGAGAGUCGGACACUGCGGUCAGCCAGGGGCAGAUCCAUCUGGCGCUGGGUGAGUUUGCAGCUGCCAGCCUGCAUCUGGAAAAGGCCAUUGCCCAGAACACUGUCCCCCACGAGCAGAGGAACACGGUCAGGAAGAGGCUGAAGAGAGCACUGAAGGGCGAGCAACUGCAGAGGGAGCUCUUGGCCAUGCCGGAAGACCACUACGUCAGCCGCCUGCAUCUGUGUGAGGAGCUGGGGGACCUCUGCUGCUCGGUGCGAUGUUAUCAGAAGGGUGUCGAGUAUUACCAGCAGCAGCUGGCCUGUGCACAGAAGCUGUGCUAUCCCAACAAGAAGAUGGCGAUGAUUCACUGGUCCCUGGCCCGUACAUACGAUAAUCUGAAGGAUUACAGACAGGCCCUCAGCCAUUAUCAGAGGGAGCUGGAUCUUCAGAAGGGCCACGAUAAGGAGGAGUGCAAGACGUGGCUGCAUAUUGCUGGAGUCCAGCAGAAUAUGGAGACAGGCCAGACGGAAGUGGAGGACAGCCUGCGGGCAGCCAUGCACCACGCACAGAAAUCCGGGGAUUCCAGGCUGCAGCACAAGGUGCAGAAGGCCAUUGGGAAGAUGCAGCGACAAUCCGAUCCUCCCUGGGAACCAGAGUCGGGAGACAGCUCCACUGGGACGGAGACUGACGAGAGCACAGACCUGGAGGACGAGGAGCUCCCAGAACAGCCUCCCACCCACACUCAAACAGGGAAGAGAGGCGAAGUCCUGACACCUGAGCCACAGCCACCUCCCAGAAUCACGAAAUGGAAGCGGAAUAGAAAGGGGGAGAUGCCACUGCAUCUCGCCUGUAUCCAGGGUAAAACCCAGAAGGCCAAGACCCUCAUCCAGCAGGGUCACCCAGUAAAUGGGAGAGACCAUGCUGGCUGGACGCCCCUGCAUGAAGCCUGUAACCACGGCUGGACAGAUAUCGUGGCACUAUUGCUGGAUAACGGUGCGGCCAUUAACAGCGAAGAGGACAGGCAGUGCGACGGAAUCACAGCCCUACAUGAUGCCCUCGACAAUGGACACCUGGACACAGUGGAGCUUCUCAUCAACAGGGGAGCAGAGACCCAGGUCAAAGACAGUCAGGGUCGCCUCCCACUCGAUUGCCUGAAGAUAUGGUGGAAUGGGCUGCAGCACAACCCAAGUCCAGUGCUGAAGCAGAGGUAUGAGGGCCUCCUGAGCAAGCUGGAUACCCCCAGGACACCAGGGUCUGACCUUAGGAUCCACGUUUCCGAUGUAAGAUCUGUUUACCCACCUACUCCCCAGGAUGCCGCUGCCCCCACUGCGUCGCCCCUGUCCCAGCACCCGCCCUUGGGGCCAAGCGGCUCGGGCUCCCGGAACGUGGCCCGCCGGGGGAGACGCAGCUUUGCCGGCCGCCGAUCCUGCCGAGUAUCCCGGCCCUACGACUCGGACGAGGAAGAAGAUGAAAGCCCUGAGCCCGGCCCCUCGUGGCAGAUGCAGGGUAUCCAGACUCGGAGAUCGAGGGCAGCUCAGGAGUCCAGCCUGUCCAAGAGCAGGGCGGUCCCUUUGGGGAGGAGGGGGAAGGCCAGGCGAGGACCCAUGGAUUCAUUGGUGCUACGGAAACCGAAGGUCAUUCGUACAGAACCAGUGGAGCGGCAGCGGGACCCCAGCGGAACCCCAAAGAGGCCACAGCUGAACCCUGACUCAACCCCAGAGGGGCGACGGCAGGAUCCUAACACAACCCCAGACCGGGGGCAGCAGAACAACAGUGGAACCCUGGAGGGGCAGGGGCGGAACCCUGAGGCAACCCCAGAGGAUGACUGGCUGGAGGUGGAACAUAGCAAGGAAGGACAGGGAGAGCGAGGAGCCUCCUGUCCACUGGAGGCCAACUCCCGGAACAGCAGGAAGACUGGAACAGGCGAGAUCCCGGACAAUAGCAGCGGGACCCCAGUGUCCCUCCACACACAGGCGGGAGCUGGCGGCGUGGGUGUUUUCUGCAGCCCCACCUCGCACCCUCCGAUCCGCAUCAGGGUCCGUGUCAAGGAUAAGGUCUUCCUGGUGCCCGUGCCCCCAAGCUCUGCAGACACUUCCACAGAUAUGUGGACGGUGGAAUGGCUGAGCAAUGAGGUGGCCACCCGUUACUGCCAGGUCUGCGGCCAACGGCCACGUCUCUCCCUCAGCUGUGGUGGGGCCCUCCUCUCCCCCAGUGACCCAAUCACACAACUCCUACAGGACAACGAGGAGGUGGAGGCUGAAAUUCAAUCCUGGGAUGUUCCUCCCAUCUCCAUCCGUUACAGGAAUGCCUGCCACAGCCUGGGACUGGCUGAGGACCCAUCGAUCUCGAAGAUCUUACAACUGCAGGAGGAGCAGCCCACUUUGGACCUGUGCAGCCUGUCGCUGGGCCCCGAGCGCCUGACGCCCGUCCUGCGCGCCCUCCGGCAACACACUGCCACCCGCCAUCUCCGGCUCACCGGCAACCGUCUCACCGACUCCGCUACCGAGGAGCUACUGGGCAGCCUGGUCACCAUGCCCAACCUCACCCUGCUUGACGUCUCCUCCAAUCAGAUCACAGCCCUGGGGCUGAGGAAGCUCAGCGAGGGAGCUCAGCGCCCUGGUGAACCAGUCUUCCAGGUGAGGGGCUACUGGGUCCUCACCGCCACCACAUCGUCCCGGGAAGGACACAGAUCCUCGGGG